GGCCCUUUUCAUCUGUCAGGCUUGAGCCAGCCACACGGAACACGAAUUAGGAGACACAAAUCAAUUCACAGGGCAUUGGGAAACACAGCAGAAAAUCAAGCAAAGAGAAACUUCUUCAGAUAUGAGCCGUACUCUCCAAACUACUUUCUAGCCACUUGCCUAAUACUUUUCUUUUUUUUCUUAAGUAACUAGAAAAAAAAUUGCUUUUUUUUUUUUUUUUUUUUUUUUUUUUUUAAGUUCAAUAAUGAAACUGAGUGUGGGAAUAUUUUUUGGAGGUUUAUUCGCAGCUCUAGGAGUUUUGCUCUUUUUGGUGGCAUUUGGAACUGAUUAUUGGCUUCUUUCUACAGAAGUAGGAAAGUGUUCAAAAGCACCUGAAGAUGUUGAGACUGAGAUGGCCACGUUUCAUCAUGAAGGUUUCUUCUGGAGGUGCUGGUUUAGUGGAAAUAUAAGAGAGCAUAACACCAGCAUGUGGAAGUUCUGGUACACCAAUCAGUCACCUUCUAAGAUUUGUACACAUGCUUACCUCUCACCAUUUCCUCAUAUCCGAGAUGAACACAACUCAACUUCUUAUGACUCUGCAGUCAUUUAUCGAGGUUUCUGGACAGUUCUUAUGCUCCUGGGAGUGAUCACUAUUGUGAUGGCUAGUUUUCUGAUCAUCUGUGCAGCUCCUUUUGCCAGCCACAUUCUGUACAAAGUAGGAGGAGGCUUUUACAUUAUUGCUGGUGUCUUGUUUUCACUGGUAGUCGUGAUGUAUGUCAUCUGGGUCCAGGCGAUGGCUGAUCUUGAAAACUACACAAACAUGAAAAAAAUGGAUUGCCCAGACUUUGCUGUUUAUGUACGCUAUGGCUGGUCUUUCAUGCUGGCUCCAAUAGGAGUAUUUUUUGCUUUAUUAGCAGGCAUGCUGUUCUUGUUGGUAGGGCGUGCCAUUUAUUUAAAUUCAGACUAGUCAUACACUGCCUAACGGAGUAUAGGAAUCCUAAUGAAACUUCAUGACACAAUUUUGUGUAUCAUCACCGUUAUGACAAUCCUAAGUAUGCAGGCACACUUACGGAAUUUCUUCUGUUACUUGUUUAACAGUAAAGGACACAAAACUCAACACAGGAAGAAACCACCUUUAAUACCCCUUUUAAUUCUAUAGGAAGUACACACAUAAUUCUCCACAGUGUAUUAUUUGCAGCAUUUUUGCAGUUUUGCAAACCAGAAGAAGACAAAAAUAUUCUGCAACCAAAAGCCCAAUAUGAAAUGGGCCAAAUCAACAUUUUAUACAUUUGUCUUUUAGUAUUGAUCAUGUGCUUCUACUUGUGGAGAAUGGUACAAGAUGGAGGGAAAACAAAUGUUCAAACACAGUAAUUAAAUCUACCUCCUCUCCUGUUUUCCACUACUUGCCUUAGCUUUGAUGCAACCAAACAUCUGCAGUCUAUAAAAAUAGAGUGCAGUUGUUCAUGAAGAGUCCAUGGGAAGAGGGCAAGAAAGAAGACAAUUGCAGUGAAUAGCAAUUUGGUGCUAGUCUGUACGUGUAAAAGCUUAACUGCUUCUGUUACAUUUCUCCUUUCUGUAUGGAUUUGCUGAUGCUGUAUACUCGUGUAUUCUGAAAUUCAUGUUUGUUGCAUGAUUUUGUAAGCCAAAAUACCAUAUCUAAAUCACUAGUUAACCUUAUGCCAAAAAACUGUACUUUGAAUUAUAGCUUUAAUAUUUUAAUCAAGUAUUUGAUUUAUUUUUGAAAUCUGGGAGUAAUUGGCUCCUCCCAGAAACAUUUCCCUGGUGAUGUAACAGGAAAGAUUUACUGUGAUGGUAACACCCAGAGUAUGAAAAUGUAUAUUUUAUGUAGCCAACAUUUUCUUAAAUAUUAAAAAUCUGCAUUACAAACCAGAUCUGGCCUGGCUGCUAGUCAUCCCUUGGAAAGCAACAAGACAAGCAAAGGCAGCAAGGGAGGAGGAUCUGGUUCUGUGCUGUAGAAGUAGCUUGUUCUUGGUAUAUGUGAAUGUAAGAUGGAGUGAGGAUGGGACUAUAUGCAUGGUAGAGAAAAGAUGGGGUGGAGAACUAUGAGGAAACUUGCUUUGUCUGGCAUUGGGCCCAAACUGAAAUUAAAUCCGUCUGAGAGUGUGUUCAUUUUCACUUUGUAACCUAAUAACUCAAUGGAACUGAUGGGGAAAAAUAAAGACUGCAUGUUGGUUUCUU